AUGAACCCCAGUCCCAAUCCACAGUUGGGUUCGGAAUGGCCAAAAACAAUGAUUGGGCUAGGGUAUGCGUCAAUCGUUCUUGCUUUCGCGUUGUUGCGAGGAGAUGUCGAUCAUGUAUCCAAGUUACGGUUAGAUAAGACUGUGGUUUCUGUUGCGUUGGUCAUGGGAGGAUUCAUUUGGUUGGGUUUGAGUAGACUACUGGCUGGAAUCAGUUUUAGUAUGAUUGCAGUCAAUUUGAUUACAUUCACAAUUGGUCUAGUCACAUUUCAAGAGUUUUCCCAAUUGAAAAAUAAUGGCAAUGCGCGUGGUAGUGGUGGUGGUGCUGCUGCUGCUGCCGGUGCUGCUGCCGGUGGUGACACGAUUCAAGUGUUGGUUUUGUUUUUCGUGGGAUUGAGCUUGGUGAGUAGUGUGUUGAAGUACCUUGUGUUUCAGCAGUUUAGCUUCUGGUCGUGCAUUGGUGAUUCGGUGUUGGCAUUGUUGAUCAUUCCCGGAUUGAAAUCAAGUCAGCGGUUCAAACUGUAUGUAAACGGUAAUAUCAACAACAUUGAUGGAGCAACAACAGCAUCAGGGACGACAAAUUCCAACACCACGGGCUCUGUUUCGUCGAGCUCAAUAUUAUCACAAGUUGUUAAACAUCAAGACACAAGAGCAAUAUUCAACUUCCUUCUCCUCAACGCCAGCUUCAUGAUUAUCCAAUUUCUCUAUUCAUUCCGAUCAAAAUCACUAGGACUCUUGUCCGAUUCAUUGCACAUGUUGCUAGAUUGCCUAUCAUUAGCAUUGGGACUCGUUGCUGGUGUCUUGUCAAAACGGGAAAUUGACAAUGAUCUGAAUUUCCCCUUGGGAUGGUUCCAUUUGGAGAAUUUGGCGGGAUUUACUAAUGCCACAUUGUUGAUUGGGAUUAGUGGGUCUAUAAUGUUUGAAGCCGUGGGGAGAUUGAUCAAUCCGGUGCGUUUGCAGCGGACUAAUGAGUUGAUUGUUGUUUCGGUGCUUGGAUUAUUGGUUAAUCUCGUUGGUGUGUUUGCUUUCAAUCAUGGACACAGCCAUGGACAUAGUCAUAGUCAUGCUAGUCCACAACAUGAUUCUCUGCAUCUGCAUCUGCAUACCCAUUCCACUGCUUCUUCGUCCCAUACUUCAAAUGGAGACGAUUCAGCCAAUGACAACAUGCGAGGUAUAUUUCUUCACAUAUUAGCUGAUGCAUUGGGGUCAGUAGGAGUAGUCAUUUCGACCAUUUUGACCAACUUGUUCCACUGGCAAGGAUUCGAUCCCAUUGCCUCCUUCAUCAUUGCAACAUUAAUCCUUGCUUCAGCUAUCCCAUUGAUAAAAUCAACGGCAUCGAGCUUGUUACUCAAGAUCCCCGCAAGUCAAGAAUCAGUAAUUCGAAACACGUUGCAUGAGAUCUCACAUGUGAAGGGGGUGAAAUCAUUUACUACACCCCGGUUUUGGCCAAGUGGUGGUGGUGCUGCUGAUACUGGCGGCGGUGGCGCAGCAAAGAUUAAUGGGUAUUUGCAUGUGCAAAUAUAUCGUGGUGAGAAUAGUUGGUAUAUCAAGAAGCAAAUUGAGCGGUUGUUUGGAGAAAAUGGGGGUACUUUUAGUAAUGAUGUGAUGGUUCAAGUUGAGAAUGAUUAUGAUGAUUUAAUGGGUCCAGCAGGAGCUGGCAAAUCAACAUUUUGCAACUCAAUAAUAGCCCACAUGCAAUCAAUAGGCCGCCGAGCCCACAUCGUCAACUUGGACCCCGCUGCAGAACCCACCGAGUUUGAAUUCACUAUAGACAUACGUGACUUGAUCUCGCUACAAGAUGUGAUGGAAGAAUUAGACUUGGGCCCCAAUGGAGGAUUAAUCUACUGUUUUGAGUACUUGUUGCAGAACUUGGAUUGGCUAGAUGAGGAGAUUGGCGAUUAUAACGACGAAUACUUGAUUUUUGACAUGCCGGGGCAGAUUGAGUUGUAUACACAUAUCCCCGUCGUGCCCACCAUAGUCCAGCAUUUGAAGCUGAGUUUGGGGUUUAAUCUAUGUGCAUGUUACUUGUUGGAGUCGCCUUUUGUUAUUGAUUCUUCGAAAUUCUUCAGUGGUGCGCUAAGUGCCAUGUCAGCGAUGGUAUUGUUGGAGUUGCCACAUAUAAAUAUCUUGUCGAAAGUUGAUUUGAUCAAAGAUGAAGUGUCUAAGCGGAAGUUGAAGCAGUUUUUGAAUCCUGAUCCGUAUCUUUUGGCGAAACAGGAGGAUGAAAUAAAUCCGCAGUUUACAAAGAUGACCAAGAGUAUUGCUAAUUUGAUUGAUGAUUUUGGUAUGGUGCAGUUUCUUCCGUUGGAUUGUUCAAAGGAUAGUAAGAGUGUUGAGAACAUAUUGAGUUAUAUUGAUGAUGUGACUCAAUGGAGUGAGGCACAGGAACCGAAAGAACCAAAUGAUGAAAUAGAGAUCCCUGACGAUGCAUUUUAG